AUGGUCUUCGAGGGCUUUUUCGCGCGGCUGUUCGGAGCAGCAGCCUUGCCGGUGGUGCGAAUCGCCCUGAUGCUGUUGGUGAGGGACGUAGGAUUCACGGAAAUCCCAACACACCUCGAGCCAGAAUACGACUUCAUUGUAGUAGGGUCAGGAUCAGCUGGAAGCAUAAUUGCAACUAGGCUUUCAGAGCAGAGAGACUGGAAAGUUUUACUCCUGGAAGCCGGUGGGAUUCCUCAGGCAGACACUUACCUCAUCCCUUUCAUUGCGCCGCAGUUCAUUCCUGAAAACUCCUAUGACUGGGCUUUUAUGACUACCCAGCAAAAAUAUGCUCUGAAAAAUUUUGUUGGCCAGAGAUCUCGUUUCAUUCAAGGGCGUGUUCUGGGUGGGACAUCUUCCAUCAAUGGUCUCAUUUAUGUCCGCGGUUCCAGACAAGUUUUUGACAACUGGGCUGCGCUAGGAAAUCCUGGCUGGGAUUAUGACUCUGUCCAGAAAUAUUUCCAGAAACUGGAAGGAUACAGAGGCCCGUACACACCUGGCACCUCUCAUUAUGGCAGGAAUGGCCCUAUCGGCAUCUUACCUGUACCAAAGGGUGAACUGGCAAAGGCUUUCAUACAAGGAGGCGCAGAAAGAGGCCACCGCGUCAAUGAAGACCCCAACGGACGGGAGCAGUUAGGAUUUUCCGGAAUGGUGAUGACAGCCAAAGAAGGGCGCCGUUCUUCACCUUUCUAUGAUUACAUUAGACCUUACUUGGCGAAGCAAAAAUCAAGUAACCCUCACUUGAGAACCUCUAAUCUCCACGUCCUGCAUUCAGCUACUGUCCUGAAGGUCGUUUUCAAUACCGAGAAGAGAGCUGUAGGGGUCGUGUUUGUCCAUGAAGGAAAGGUAAAGAGAGUGUCUGUCAAAAGAGAAGUGAUCAUUUCUGCUGGGACCAUCGGAUCACCUAAGUUACUUCUGCAUUCCGGUGUUGGUCCUCGGGAACACUUAGUACUUCACAAUGUGGACGUGAUAGCGGACAUCCCAGGCGUAGGUCUGAAUUUGCAGGAUCAUUUAGGCGUCCUAGGACUCUGCUGGACUGUGAGGAAAGGCCUCAUACCCAACGUCCUCAAGGAUCUCGACUUCGAUGCACUGCAAGAGUUCAAUCAGCACAGAACAGGGCCUUAUGCUAGAUACCCGGGAGAUUAUCCUAAUGGUUGGAUUAAUGUUGGAGGGGGCGCAGACCCCCUUUGGCCAAAUAUAAUGUUGUAUCUCAACUCUGUGUUGCCAACGUACGAUCACGGCAUCUUUUAUUCAGCUGUGUUCAAUGUGAAGAAAGAGCCUUUCUAUAACUUCUUUAAAGAGCUCCAUGGACAGGAAGGCUUUUGCAUAAUGCCAGAGAUCAUUCAACCGAAGUCCAGAGGCAGUGUGAGACUUCGAUCGAGCAAUCCAUUUACUCCGCCGACGGUCGACCCAAAUUUUUUGGCCGAGGAUGAUGAUAUUCGAAAGCUUACAAGAGGAAUCAGGGAAGCCAUUGCCCUGGGGAACACUUCGGCAUUUGUAAAAAAAUUUGAAGCAAAGUUCCAUCAGAAACAACUGAGGGAAUGCAUCUCCGAAGCCUAUGGCAGCGACAGGUACUGGGAAUGUUACAUCCGACACAUGGCGACUUCAUGCUACCAUUACGCGGGAACCUGCAAGAUGGCGCCACCUAUGGAUCCUCUUGGCGUCGUGGAUUCCCGACUUAGGGUCAGGGGAGUGCGAGGUCUUCGCGUUGCCGACUCUUCCAUCAUGCCCCAGAUCACUACAGGCAACACUCAAGCCCCGUCGAUGAUGAUUGGCGAAAAGGCAGCAGACAUGAUCAAGGAAGACUGGCUUUACCCGACCAUAAACAGAGGUUGAGAGCUCGGGUAUUAAUUAAGAGAGAGUACAGGUAUUCAUCACUGAGAAAGCUCUACAUUGAAAGAGUAUCGUUUUCCUCUCCUAUUUACCUUCACAGUGUGAUACCACACACUUAGAAAUAUCAGCAGCUUGAAAACCUGUCUUUCUCUUAAGUUUGUAAGCAGUGGUGCGUUCUCAUAACUGCGGAAUGUGAUAUAUUUCUGCCUGAAAUUUUUCUUUGAUUUCAGCUAUAGCUCCAACAAAAGGUAUUAGUUUGUCGUAAGA